CCUUAGACUCACUAGUUGGUGGUGUAUCUAAUAAAAGUCACACCGUAUAGUGUCGAUGGGCUCAUUUUAGAGGGUAUUCGAAUCUUAUAUUAGUAGAAAAACGAGAUUCCAUUAAUUGUAACGAAUUCGUGUAAAAUGAUUACUAUAGCUCCUAAGCAAGUUUUUGGUCUAAUUUAUUCCACAUAAAUAGUCUUAAAAUAUCUGUAUAUUGUAUGAAUAUACUAUGUUCCGCGAGAUACUGUUCGGGUUAAAUGAGAUUCAAUUGAUUAUAAAUAACGAAAGAUUCUACAUUACAUCAUGUAUUCGAAUUUAAAAAAGUGUCGUUUCAAAACGGUUUAGAGUCUCAAAAGUUAUAAACAUAACAUAAACAUUUCAUACAAAACAACACUUGUAUACUUGUGAUGUGAUUUCCAUAAAACCUGGCUUGCCUAUCAGUUGAUAAAGACUCUCAAUUAUACUAUGAAACAUUUUAAUAAAUAAUAAGUGUUCCUGUGUUUUCUACCUUAGAUAAAUACACGCGACCACAAAUUGUUCCUUGUAAGAUGUCAUUUCACCAUCACCGAAACGAGAUAUCAACUUUACCUUUUAUAUCCAUUUAAUUCGAUCUUGAUAGAUAACUCCUAAUAUACCGAAAUGAAAAUAAAGACAAAAAUUAAAAUAAAAAAAUAUUUUCCACCAAAAAUUGGUGGCAAGGCAAUCAGAAAGCGUAAAUGCUAUUCGCUGUACAGUGCUUUAAUAAUAAAUGAAUAAAAUCUGAUGAUGAAUCUGAACGAAAUUAUAGUAAUAACAUGAUGUAGAAUCGAAGAUGCCCAUUUAGUGCUGAAGACGAUGAAGACCAUUGUAGAGUAAAAAAAGGAACCGAAAGAUCAUGUUGUUUGCUAAAACUCACUUAGAGUUUCAAAUCUGCAUUGUGGCAUUGGUGACUACAAUAGUUCUUUCAAAUACCGCAUCCUCUCUUAGAGAAAAUAAUCAACGUGUGCGAUUCAAUCAUGAUAUGAUAGCAGUGAAUAUACCGGGUGAUAUCAUAUUAGGCGGCCUAUUUCCAGUUCAUGAAAAAGGAGAUGGAAUACCGUGCGGACCUAAGGUUUACAACCGAGGUGUUCACCGUUUGGAAGCAAUGCUAUAUGCAGUCGAUCGUGUAAAUCUCGAUUCGAAAAUAUUGCCUGGCAUCAAGCUAGGAGUACAUAUCCUUGACACGUGCUCACGUGAUACUUAUGCUCUCAAUCAGAGUUUGCAAUUUGUUCGAAGAUCUCUGGAUAGUUUAGAUACAAGCGCUUUUGAAUGCAUGGAUCACUCUAUACCGAGAUUGAAAACGGAUUCAAGUGGACCAGUAGUAGGAGUAAUAGGUGGAUCAUAUAGUUCAGUGUCACUUCAAGUUGCCAACUUACUAAGACUUUUCCACAUUCCACAAAUAUCACCGGCUUCAACGGCCAAAGCGCUAAGUGACAAAACUCGAUUUGAUCUGUUUGCCCGCACUGUUCCUCCCGAUACUUUUCAAUCUAUCGCUCUUGUUGAUAUCGUGAAAAAAUUUAACUGGUCUUACGUCUCCACAAUACAUUCAGAAGGAUCCUAUGGAGAAUAUGGUAUUGAGGCAUUCCAUAAAGAGGCAACUGAAAGGAAUGUAUGCAUUGCUGUUGCCGAAAAAGUUCCUAGUUCAGCCGAUGAACGUAACUUUGAUAAUAUUAUAGCCAAAUUGCAAAAGAAACCAAAUGCUAGAGUUGUAGUGUUGUUCACACGUGCUGAAGAUGCACGACGAAUCCUUAUAGCUGCGAAACGUGCCAACUUAUCGCAGCCGUUUCAUUGGAUUGCUAGCGAUGGCUGGGGACGACAGCAGAAGCUAGUAGAAGGUAUUGAGGAUAUUGCAGAAGGUGCUAUUACGGUAGAAUUACAGUCAGAGUAUAUAGCGGACUUUGAUGCGUAUAUGAUGGGAUUAACGCCGGAAAAUAAUCGUAGAAAUCCAUGGUUCGAAGAAUUCUGGGAGGAUGCUUUUGAUUGUUUAUUAGAAAAUAAUUUCCCGGUGGAAUUUGAGAGUGGUGAAAAUUUUCGAGUAUGUGAUCCAAACUAUCGAUUGUCAGAAAAGGUUGGAUAUGAACAAGAAUCGAAAAUACAGUUCGUUAUUGAUGCAGUCUACGCCUUUGCCUACGCCUUACACAAUCUACAUCAUGAUAUAUGCUUCAAGAAACAUUUGGAACGAGAACCGGCACCAACCCUGCCAUAUCCUAUAUGUCCGGAAAUGGCCAAUUACGACGGAAAAGAUUUUUAUAGUAACUACCUAUUAAAUGUUUCAUUUGUUGAUAUGGCUGGGAGCCAAGUGAAGUUUGAUUCCCAAGGUGAUGGGUUAGCGAGAUACGAUAUCUUAAACUACCAAAAAUUGGAGAAUUCAUCUGGAUAUCAUUAUAAGGUCGUUGGUAAAUGGUUUGAUAAACUUGAAUUUUCCGAGGAAAAUAUGGUGUGGAAUCGAGAAAGUGAAAUACCAACGUCUGCAUGUUCAUUACCAUGCCAAGCUGGUAUGAUCAAAAAACAGCAGGGCGAUACAUGCUGCUGGAUAUGUGAUAAUUGUGAAGAAUAUGAAUACGUUCAGGAUGAAUUCACAUGUCGUGAUUGUGGACCAGGCUAUUGGCCACAUCCGGAUAAGUUAAGUUGUUACGCAUUAAAUAUACAAUAUAUGCAAUGGGACAGCGUUUUUGCAAUAAUACCACUAACAAUUGCCUGUGUAGGCAUUAUGAUGACAAUCGUUGUAAUUGGACUGUUUGUUAAACAUCAUGACACACCUCUAGUUCGAGCGUCAGGACGUGAAUUGAGUUAUUUGCUACUUUUUGGAAUUUUAGUGUGUUAUUCGAAUACAUUUGUUUUACUCGCCGAGCCAACCUUAUUAUCGUGUGUGGCGCAACGUUUUGGUGUAGGGGUUGGAUUCUCUAUCAUCUAUGGUGCACUACUAACAAAGACCAAUCGAAUUUCAAGGAUAUUCGAUUCAGCAUCAAAAUCAGCUCAACGACCGAAAUACAUCAGCCCACAAUCACAACUAGUUAUUUCAAUUACAUUCAUUGCUGUGCAAGUGAUAAUCACAAUGAUCUGGAUGAUUGUCGAACCACCAGGAACAAGAAAACAUUAUCCAGAUCGAAGGCAAGUUCAGCUUAAAUGCAAAAUUCAGGAUAUGUCAUUUUUGUUUUCCCAACUCUAUAAUAUGCUGUUGAUAACAAUUUGUACCGUGUAUGCUGUAAAAACACGUAAAAUUCCGGAAAAUUUUAACGAAUCCAAGUUUAUCGGAUUCACAAUGUACACAACAUGUAUAAUUUGGCUUGCAUUCAUACCAAUUUACUUUGGAACAGGAAAUUCAUAUGAGACCCAAAUAAGCACACUCUGCAUCUCAAUAAGCUUAAGUGCAUCAGUGGCCCUGGUUUGCCUCUAUUCCCCAAAAGUUUACAUUCUAGUAUGGCAUCCAGAUAAAAAUGUCCGCAAAUUAACAAUGAACAGUGCAGCUUAUAGGCGAAGCGGCGGUGGUGGUGGUGGCAUCGGAGGGGGAGGCGGUGCCACAAGUAUCGCUGCAGCAGCUGUUGGAGCUGCUGCUGCAACAAGUAGUAGUGGCGCCACGCAGGUAAACCCUGGGCCAACAAUAAGUAACGACAAUUCUCAAGUAGGAGUGAACAAACAACCUAGUAUUAGCUCAAAUAAUGAAGGACCAAGUGCAAGCGACCAACCUCAUCAGCUAAAUCCUUCUUUUACGCCAGCGGUAACUGUUGCUACUACAACUGCUGCUAUUGUUGGGUGCACACCUCCCAAUGAAAAUUCAGAGAAUGACAUAAUCACAAUACAACAAUGUGCACAGCUGAUCGAAAUGACUGGUGUGAAAGACGUAAUAAAAACGCGUUGUAUACAAGUGCCAACUAAUCCUAACACAAUAGAUAGUAUUAGCGAAAGACAACCUGAAACAGCAACCGCCUUACUGUAGUUCAAUUCACAAUUAUAAUAAUCUUUUCAAGUUUACUUCAUACACGCGUUAAGAAUUUCAAAGAACCGCCAUAAUUGCUAGAAUAAAAAAAAAUAUGUUAUAGCAUGAAGAAUAGAAGAAAUGAAGUCAAUAACAAAAGGAAGCUCAUCAGUAUUAACUUUAAAAUGAUAUUUAAUGAUUAAAUUAAGAUAAAAUAAAAUGGACCUAAUUAAAACAAGUCAAGGGGCUCUAUAUAUUUGUGAUUUAUAAUUUUUAUAAAAAUGAACUUAGACCGAUAUAUAUUUAAUUUCCCAACGCUUCGUCAAGUUGCCUCGGCAUCAUCAGUUUCGAAUGAUGGCGACCAUAUUGCAGAAUAACUUUUUCAACCCAAACAAUCAAAGAGUGGCUGAUUUCCCAUUUUGUUAAUUUUCCUGCAGAGUGAAAUAUGAUCUUGCUUUUCCCUCUUUAAAUGUCUGAUAUAAUCUAGGGCAUCAGGGGUAUCAUAUGUACACCCUGUUAAAUAAAUAUAUGUACAAAACCUAUUUCCGUCUUUUUUGUCCUUUAGUUGUUUGGAUAUUCUUUUCUUUUUUCUUCUUUAUUUUGUUUGUUGUUUUUUGGACAUGAUCCUAAUUUUUAAGGAAAAAGUUCUUUCGAGCAAUAUCCAAUUAUGUGUGCAAAAUGACUUCAGUUGCAUCGUGACUAUCGUGUAACAAGUUCCGUUAAUUUUUCAAGCGACUUGUUUACUAUUAUUUUGGGACAACAACGGUAAGUAGUUUUUCGACUGGUUCUAAAGCUGCGUUUCAUAUAAUUUACAUUAAACAAAAAUGCCACGUGCUAUGCACUUCUGAAAAAAGGAACGUGGAUUGAUCACAGGAUUAAGAGAGAAUUGUCUGCAGCAAGAGGUCGUCGAUUGAUGACCGAGACGAGGAGCUCAGUGAAUAAGAAAAAGAGUUGUGCGGAAAUAAAGGUCGCACUGAAACUGACGUGAGAAUUUUUAAGUUGCACAUAUAAUUAUUUAACAGAGUGUAUAUCCAGAUCGAGCAUUUUUUAUUAACAAGAGGGUGAGUAAAACCUACCCAGAAUGUAAUGCCUUCCUAAGUUAUGUAAGGUAAAUUUCUAUUGACUUGAUUGGGAAUUUAAAUUAAUUAAAUUAAAAUUAAAAGGCGUUUCAUUUUUGGCAAUAAAGACCAAGGGUCAUAGAUAACGCAUAAGAUUUCGUUAUUAAUAACAGAAAGGAAAGAACAUUUUAGUCAAAAUCUAGUCAAACUUCAAGUAUUCUAUUUUAUGUAAAUAAAAAUGCUACGGAAAAGAAUAAAAUCAAUAAUUCACGGCUAAGUUCAGUUAAUAACCGAGAUAACUAAUUACAUAUUAAAAACCCAAAAAUCAGUAUUCCAGCAAAAAAAAUCAUUAUUAAGUGCCAAGAUGUCGUUUGUAAUAAUUUAAUCUUUCAUAAAAAAAAACCCUCAAAAUUAAAUUUUGUCCCUGCAGAAUAUUUAACAGGCGGACUACCCCAUAUCCAUAUAUCAAUUAUCUAUUUAUGCUUGUAUAUAUAUUGCAAUGCAAAAUGCUCAACACCCCAUUGUUUGGCCUCAAAUUAUUCAUCUUUUUUGACCAGAUAGAUUUGGAUCUUAAUGUAAUGGCCCUAAAAUAGUAGUUUUAAACAAAAAGAAGAAAAAGGGAUCAAUGGGGUAAGAAAUGGAAACUUGGUACUUUUUUUUCUGCAAAAAGUUUUAAAUCCAAUUUGAUUAUUUUCUAUUCGCUUAUUGUAAUGUCGAAUUUCACGCUUUUCGAACAUUAAUGUUGUUGAUGCUUCUUGAAUGGCUUUCCAGUUUUUUUUUUCUGUAUCUUAAAAAUGUUUUUCAUCACAAACAAUAUCGGAACUUAAAUUGGCAUUCUCAACUGGACUUCUAGCUGGGGAGAUCAAGGUAUCAGAAACUCAUUGAACUUGGUUCAACCCAUUUUUUCAGGAUUUCCUCUUUGUAUUACAGUCUAUUCGCCCAUAACAAUGAAAAUGAAUUUCGAUCUUCCCUCUUACCAUUAACCUAGUACUGUAAAAAUGCACUGAGGCAUCGACGACCUAGGGGUGCAUCUGGUUGAGGGAAUGCCAAAAGUUUACCGUCUACCAACAGUUGUUUGGUGGCUUCAAACGCUUGGACGAUUUCUAGAGGCCACAUAACCUCCCGCGUCUUCGUAUCAGACGGGAAGGUGUUAAGUAAUGCCUGGUGGUGAGUGGCUUUGGGCAAGAAACGACGGUAGUAGUUUGGCUUGCCCAAGUAUCUUUUAACGUCUUUGAUCCUCUUUGACAGCGGAAAGCUCACGAUCGCGUGCACCUUUCUAAGGCGGGCUGUAAACCAUCAGGGGGGAUGGAAUGACCUAGAAAUUGCAGUCUACAAUUUCGAUCUACUAGAUUUGUAAAGUCAUCUCUCCAUAGCCACACAGAAGUACCUUUUCUUCGUCUUCCGUAAAAACAGAUCGACAAAGUUCUGGCGAACUGUCUUGACUUUCCUUUUUACAGUAGAAACUGAGCAGCUGAAAAUAAUUUGGCUGCUAGCAUAUACCCCAUUUUCCCUUCUAGAACAACACCCACACCUUUGCCGAUAUUCUCUUGGGACCAAGGUUUUGUGUAAAAUUGGUUCACUUUCUGUCUGUCACACGCACUUUUCUCCAAAACCGCGAAACCGAUUCGAACGAAAUGUGGUGGACAGAUGGCAACUAUGAAGUCCUACGCAUACAGUGAGUGACAUAAACUUGCGUGAAAUUUAAAGAAGAAUGUGGCCAUGUGGGAUAUCAAAUGAAAUGGCUCAAUUAGUAGUUUUCGAAACUAAUCCUAUUUUUGAAACUGGGUGAAACAUACGGGAGAUGAGAUGAACACAAAACUUUUACACCUAAAACGUCCAGCUUUCGGCAUUCCUACUUGUUUGUGUCUAUUGUAAUUAACUUCUUCACAUUUGCUAACAAUAUAGAUCGACCGUAUUCUGCGGUAAUUUCAACUGACAUACAAUUGGGUUUACCAUAAUAACAAUUUACUAAGUGAAUUAUCGAUUUAGAUGCCGCUUAGAAGCAAUAGUGACGAUUUAUGUAAAAGAAUUGUAAUAGCCACAUUUGAAACAUCGGUUCUAACUAAAGAUUACCCUAACAUAAUGUGUGCACUUUUGUAAAUAUUAACUAAUAAAGUAGAAGCUGCGAAAUUAGUACACCUUCGUCAAUUUCUCAUCUACUGCUUGCCUUUUGCUUUCUUCAUGCAAGAACCUUUCGCAUUGUUCUUUCAAUUAUUUGUCUAUUAAUACGAGUACAAUAGAUAUAUGCAUUUCGCUAUGUAUGUUACGCAUGUGUGAGGAUAGAAAUAAUAGAAAAAGGUAUGUAGAAAUAUAUUUGCUGUUAUCAUAGAGCAAAAGGAGUUCUAGUGAAUAUAAAUUCAAUUCGCAUUGUAAAAGAUAGACAUGUAACAUAGACAAAAAAGAUAGUAAAGUAGAAAUAUAUAUGAAAAAAGAAACAAACGAUGAUACCAAAGGACAUAUCAAAAUUCAUAUUCUAGAUUUAAGAGUGAACAAUCCAAUGAAUAUGUAAGAAUAUAGAAAAAAAGUUGAAGGGCUCAAAUAAAAUAUGGGAAACAUUUAGAGCAGAUAAUAGAACGUUAAAUUUAUUAAACUGUUUACUCUGGUUAUGUUUGUUGUAUGAUAUUUUAUUUGGAAACCAGUAAAAGGAUUUUUUUCCCAGCUCGCUCUCGCUAUGAAAUGUCUCAAUAACAUAUAUAUAUAUAUUUAGUUCACGAAAUCGAAUUAGAAUGAUUUUAAUAAAGUAUAGAAAAAAGCA